AUGGGGGUUAAAACGAUGCUCCCCAGCUACGAGCUGGGUUUUUACGCUCUCACCGUGACCUGUGCUGUGCUGUACAGCGGCAGCGGGAUCUUCGAAGCAUCCCGAGACAGCAUGAACAGAAAGGCUUUUCGGGAGGGCAUCAAGCCGGGCUGGCACUACUUCGGCAGGAAGAUGGACGUGGCCGAUUUCGAGUGGGUGAUGUGGUUCACCUCGUUCAGGAACGUCAUCAUCUUCGCCCUCUCGGGACAUGUCCUCUUCGGCAAGAUCUGCUCCAUGACGGUGCCACAGCACCGGGCCGUGGUGUACAUGCUGUAUGGGGUCCUGGCCGUGCUGGGCAGCAUGGGGCUCGUCUACCUGAUGAUCAUCCUCUCCCACUGCCUUGUCCUCUACUCCGUCGCGCUGGCCAAGCAGAAGUGGCUCUGCUAUGUGGCCGGGCUUUGCUGUCUCGCCUCCUUCAAGGUGGAGCCGUUCAGCUCCUGGCAGAGUGGGUUUGUAACGGGAGCUUUUGAUCUUCAAGAUGUCCUCUUCUAUGGAGGAAGUGGCUUCACCAUCAUGCGCUGCAUGAGCUUUGCACUCGAGAGCUCUGAGAGGAAAGAGGGCAUCUAUUCCAUCUUCGACCUCCUCAAGUACAACUUCUACCUCCCCUUCUUCUUCUUUGGGCCUGUCAUGACGUUUGACCAGUUCCAUGCCCAGGUGAGCACCCGAGAGCUGAGACGCAAAGAUGACGAGAUGAGGAACAUCCGGGUCCAUGCCCUCCUCCAUGUGGGGGCCAUCAUCGCUGUGGAUAUCUUCUUCCACUUCUUCUACAUCCUCACCCUCCCUUCUGACCUGAAGUUCAUGAACCGCCUCUCGGACUGGUCCUUGGCUGGCUUGGCCUACUCCAAUCUGGUGUAUGACUGGGUGAAAGCUGCUGUCAUGUUUGGGGUCAUCAACACCAUUGCCAGACUGGACCACUUGGACCCACCCCAGCCCCCGAAAUGCAUCACCAUGCUCUACGUCUUUGCAGAAACGCACUUUGACAGAGGGAUUAAUGACUGGCUAUGCAAGUACGUGUAUGACCACAUUGGAGAGGACCAUGACAACAUCAUGAAGGAGCUCGUGGCCACCAUUGCCACCUUUGCCGUCACCACCCUGUGGCUGGGGCCCUGUGAGAUCGUUUACAUCUGGUCUGUCUUCAACUGCUUUGGCCUCAACUUUGAGCUCUGGGUGCAGAAGUUCUUCCAGCAGGAGCCUUUUGCCAAACUGGAGCUGAGACUGAAGACCAACAUCCCUGAUGAUGCCAUGCAGCUCCGUGUCCAAGCCUGGAGACCUGAAGUUCUCUCCUGUGGCCUUUAG